CAAAAAUCGUAAAAAAGUUGGAACAAAACUCUAACCAAAAAAAUCCAACUUCACUAGCUAAUCCAGAAAUAGAAUUUCUUGAUACAUUAAGAUUAUUUGAUCCUCCAGAAAUUGCUGAGAUUAUUCUAUCACUAGAAGCUAAAAGAAAAUAUCUCAAAGUAUUAGAAAUUUUAGAACCAAUUCCACAAUUUCAUCAAACAGAUAUUUUUAGUUCCGGAUGUGAAUUAUUAGAUGAUCAUUAUCAAGUUGAGAUAGGAAAAGAAGUAUAUAUACACAAGACUCUAUCAAUACUCUUGGGGAAAAAUGUGUCAAUUAGUAAAUUAUCAGCAGGGGUUAUUGAUGAUAAAAUAGAUUAUAAAGAAGUUAUAUUCAAAAAUAAAGCAGUAGUAGUAAUUGCUAAAGAAGAUAUUCCAAGAAUUGUAGAUGAACUUAUUUGGGAUAUUGAAAAUUGA